AUGCUGUUGUGUCCAAGAAUACAACAGCAAGUUGAGAAGCACAAGAUUGGUGCUAGGGGAUGGAAUGCAUUCUGGGAUGGGGGGUUCUCUUAUGGGGUGAGGGAAGGGGCAACACAAACAAAAUAUGUUGUGAAUUUGGAAGCUAGAACUUGCAGCUGUAAUGCAUGGCAAAUAAGUGGGAUUCCAUGCAAACAUGCAGUGGUUGCAAUUUGGAACAAAGUUGAUCAACCAGAACAUUAUGUUAACCCAUUCUUCACCAAAUCAGUGUAUUUGAAGGCAUAUGACUACUUGUUGGAGCCUAUAAAUGGAGCAGAAGAGUGGCCUAGUUCAGAAACUUUGGUAAAUGCACCAAAACUCAAGAAAGUGCACAAUAGGCGCCAAGUGAAGAGAAGGAAGGCAGCUGGAGAAGUUACAAGUUCAGGGAAAUUGAAAAAAACAGGCUCAGUAAUGACAUGCAGCCUAUGUGGUGUUCAAGGGCAUAACAAGAGAGGUUGCAAGAAUGUACCUACAGAGUCUGUGCGCAUGGGUGCAAAGGUGUAG